AUGGAAGAAACGACUCAACGCAAAGUCCGAUCGGCCUGUGAUGCAUGCCAUGGACUGAAGAUGAAAUGCUCCGGCGGAGACCCAUGCACCGGCUGUGCAAGGUCCAAGCAGACGUGCCUAUACAGCGAGCCGAACCGACUCGGACGCCCCAAGGGCUCAAAGAACCGACAGAGACCACAAUGGAGCCGGCAAAGAGGCGGCUCAAGUCGCGCAAUAUCGGCAGACAAGAACCGAGCAGGUUCCUUCAGUAGAGAGUCCGUACCGAGCGAAUGUCCCACUACACAAGGGGUGCCAAUGGAGAUCGAGGCAGCACUCCCAUCAACGGGGGACACGCUCGACAUAUUCAACGAACACCAUUUGGCACAUGCAAGUGACUCGGCUUUCUUCUCGACGGCUGCGAUGUCCGAUAAGUCUUGGGAAGAGCCAAGUGACCUGUUUGAGGGAUUAGAUAUGGAAGGGGGAUUUCGGCACGACGGAUCUGUCUUCUCCGUUAUGCCAUUGGGAUAUGAGGAUGAAUUUCGUCGUGCCAUGCAAGGGGUCGAUCUGUCCUUCCUCGAAACGGGACACUGCGUCCCACAGGAGCCUAUUUCAGCACCGCCAGAAAGCGCACGAGCGUCAAAACCAGUCGGACAAAGACGGGAAACGACGUGGGAUGGCUGUUCUUGUCUUGACCGCCAGACCCGCUUUCUAUCUGACUUGAAGAAGAUCGUGGGCAAAUAUCCUCUGACACCAGUCCCCAUUAUUCUACAGGCUACUCAAGAUAGUAAAGCACUAUGGGAGCGACUUGCACAUUGCGGCGCGUGUCGACGCGAUCAAGACUCUGUGGCAGUGUUGAUCCUCGCCAUGGGACUCCGGAAUAUCCUCCAAGGACUACAGUGUCUGAUAUUGAAGCAGCAACCCUCUUCACAAAUGAGUUCUUCGGCCUGGACAGGAGGAUCAAGCACAGCGAGCAACAGCAGGAGCAGCAGCAGGAGCAGUCUGUUUGACACAAUGAGCGUGGAAGGGACCGAUCGACGAUCACAUGAAUUGACUACCAACACUAUUCGCGUGGGCAGCUUUGAAAUCCCACAAGAUGAGCAAGCAUUUUUGACGGACGUACUAAUUGCUCGGGCACUGAGUAAGAUCAAAUGGACCCACGACUCCAUGGUGGAUUAUAUCAGGCGAGUGCAUGGGAGCCCUUUUGCCAACCUGCGGCCCGGCGAGAAACGGCCGAUUCAUUUUAUUUUGGAGGAUUUGCAGAACCUAAUUGAGGCCACGGAAGCCUCUGUCAGGAGCAUUAUUCAUAGUGGAUGA